UUUUCUUAGUCUUUUUUUUUUUUUUUUCUUUUACAAUCACAAUGCAGCUUCUUUCUUUGCUCCUCGCGCUCGUCGCGAUGCCCAUGCUGGUGUCUGCGUACGACUCCUGCGGCGCUGGCUACUACUGCUCGUCGCCGUACUACUGCUGCUCCCCUUACCCUUACUCGUGCUGCACCUCUGUCGCUGGCCUCUGGUACUUCUGGGUGGCUAUGGUGGUUGGCGUUGCCAUCUUUGCCUGCUUUAUCAUCUGCGUUGUCCGCCGUCGCCGCGCUUCCUACAUCGCCACGACCUAUGUUGCCCCCGUUCAGCAGCCCGCUGGCACCGUUGUCACCACCUCCACCGCUUAUCCGGCUCAGGGUGGCUACCCGCCGCAGGGUUACCCGCCGCAGGGCUACCAGCAAGGCUACCCGCCCCAGCAAGGCUACCCUCCCCAGCAAGGCUACCCUCCCCAGCAAGGCUACCCGCCGCAGGGUGGCUACCCGCCGCAGCAGGGCACCUACCCCCCUCAGAACUACUACGGCACUCCCGCUCCCCCGUCGUACGAGGCCGAGCUUGCCAAGUCCUCUGCUCCCCAGUAAAGCUAGUCUUUCUGUGUUCCGGUUUCUGAGGAAUUGGAUCUUGCCGCUUUGUUGAUGUGCAUUUUCGCAGUAGACUUCUUUUUUGUUUUAGGCUGCGAACAAUUGCGUGUUCUUUGCAUCGUUGUGCACAAAGUAGCCUCAACAAUACAGCGCAUGGUCUGA